AUGGCACCGAAAAGAACAGAAACGACCAUUCAAAUAAGAAAAUUGGUUAUUGCCUAUCAUGAAGAAAGAAAAUCGGUUCGGGAAGUUUCUAAAAUUGUGAAGAUUAGUCGAUCAACAGUACAUGACAUUAUAAAGCGCUUCAAAGAUGAAGGUAGGGUAACAAAUAAACCAAGAAGUGGCGCAUCAAGUAUUUUAAAUGAAGCGGAAAAACGAGUAAUUGUGCGGGAAAUUAAAAAGAAUCCUCGCUUGAGUGCCCCUAAGAUUGCGGCUAAUUUAGAAAGUAAUCGCCGCGUUAUUAGAAGUGCAGGGUAUAAUGGUAGAAGUGCUCGAAAAAAAUUCUUUAUAAACGACAGAAAUCUUGCAAAAAACAUGAUUGAGAAGUCUAUUGAUUAUUGGAACAAG